AUGACGGUUGCUCAGACACAUGCAUCCGCAAAUACGGGCACACUUCGCAACCACUAUCGUGAGGUGCACGAGCACAAAUUGAAGGUUCGCCAGGCUGGCCCAAACAAGCGGCAUCUCCAAGACGACCUUGUCCGGUGGUAUUCCCUAUUUGCUGGUAGAAUCUGCCCCAACUGGUCUCCCCGAAAGGCAAAGCACCGCGGCUUCUCCCCAGAACUUGGACCCAGGGCAAGCAUUCAACCACUCCUGCCAACGGAUCCGCCCUCCCCCCUCUACGGCCCUGGAGCUCGUGUCCAGGCAACUUCUUCCCGCCGCCCUCGCCGUAACCAGGAAUACGACUCUGCCACAGAUUUCGAGGGGUUCGAAGACAGCGAAGACGACAACGACGACGCCGACCGCGAGUCCGCCGCUGCCGCCGCCGCCAAGCCUGAUGCAGCGCCUCUUCGUACAGAGGUUAGGGGCGAAACUUCCCCAUCGGCACUACGUGCUGCUCGUCGUGGCAAACAGAAAGCCACCAUGGCCCCCAACAAGAACAACAACAAGAACGACCAGCCCGAAGUCCUCGGUGCUGUGUCCAAGGGAAGCAUACGCUUCAACUCUCGGGCAGCAAGCCUGCCCGAGAAACGGGGUCAACCCCCAGUGACUGACCAAACCUCAGUCACAAAGAGGUGUACCUCGAGUAGCACCACCCCGGCACUUCAACCGCACCCCAACGUUGUCAUGAAAACAUCGACACAAUGUGGUUCCCCUUUCCCCUAUACUUCAGAGCGCGUCAACGCGCAAGAACGCUCGCGAGGUGUUCGACAAAGACACCGUCGUCCUUCACCCUCGCGGUCUGGCACACCAAGUCAUCCUCUUCGAGACCCAGUCUCUGAACCAAGCCAUCCUGGCCCAGAUCCUUACCGAGGGUCAAGCUACCAACGCUCACAUGGAUGCAAUGGAAACUCGCAUGGCGCCGAAGGCGACCAUGAGACCACCAAACGCCUGAAAAAGGUACCAAUGGCUGAGCGCCAUUGUUAUUACUGCCAACGCAAGGGGCACUAUGCCUCUGCCUGUCCCAAGAAAGAGGAAGAGGAGAACAAGCUCCGCAGCCAGGGGGCUAAUUAUGCCCAAGAGCUCUCAGAUCCUCGUUUUGCUGCCUUGGAGCAGCGCCUUUCUGCUGCUGAGAAGAAGGCAGAUGCUGUGGCUGCUGCUGCAGCUACCGAGAAGAAGAUGGCUGAGAAGAAGGUUGAGAUGAUGUGGUCUUAUAUGACCGAGACGAGCAAGGGCGAGGAGAAGAAGACCAAUGAGGGUGAGGCUGAGGGUGGCAAGGACAUGGCUGAUCAUACCCCUGAAGCGUUUCCUGAUGCUGCUGUUACUUAUGCCUUUUUAAGUGACGAUAAAUUUAUGGUAUCGAUGUAUAAGUCAUCAGAAGAUGAGGGACCCUUUGUUGAGUUUAAGUCUGGCAUCCUUUGUCAAGUUGAGGUUUUCUCGGAGUGUACCUUCGAGAUGCAGACCCCUGUCCUUCGUUCUUCCAGUUGCUCAUCAACCACAUUGAUCAAGAUGUCUCCCGUCGAAGGAACCGGAGACCUGUUCUCUGUCCUCCCAAUAAAAAUCCCUGCUACACCUUCAUACCCAGAGACCGUCAUUCACGAAAUUCGCAUACGGAAAAAUGCACCCAAGAUACCUACCCCCAACGACUCACGAAGUCUAUUCCUCAAGAACAUUCCCACCGACAGUACAGAGCCUCACUUUCGCGCUGUCUUUACACAACUUGUAGGCGCUGGGCGCUUUGAGGGUAUUACAUUCGAAGACGAAUCACGGACGCUGCUACCUAUUGACCCUGCGCAAGCCACAAAAGUCGCAGGCUUUGCGAAAAAGAGGAAACGCGGCGACGUCGAGGCGGAAGAGCGGGAGCGAGAAGAGGAAGAUGCGCAAUUACCGCAGAUCUGGUCGCGGCGCGUGCAACGCAGCAGCAGCACCGCAAUUGUGCUUCUCGCAGACGAGAAGAGUGUGCAACUAGUCCUCAAGGCUAUCGCAAAGCUACAAAAAAGUAAAAAGUAUCCCACAUGGGGUAGCGAUCUCUCCGACGACGUCCCCUCGCUCGGCUCAUCGUGGAUCGCAUUGCAUCUGCAACUCUCACGCGUCGACAAGCCAGCCACCCAAAAGACUGUUCACGCCUUCUUCACGGCAUUCAACCGCAAGGAGAAGGAAGCUAUUGAGCUAGCUAAGCGGCUGCGCAAUGAGCCAGACGAGGAUGGCUUCGUUACAGUAACCCGCGGUGGACGGGCAGCUCCCGCCAGCCGAAACGAGGCCGAGGAAGCCAAGCGCAGAAUGAUCGAGAGGGAUACCAAGAAGAAGUCUGAAACCAAGGACUUCUACCGCUUCCAGAUGAGAGAACGACGCAAGGCGGAGCAAAUGACCUUGAUGAAGAGAUUCCAGGAGGACAAGAGAAAGGUGGAAGCGAUGCGGGAGAAGAGAGGGAAAUUCCGACCAGAGACAUGA